GAUAAAAUGUCCGGAAAGUUGUUUUGGGUCGACGAAGAUGAGAUCGGUAAGGACCAGCAAAGAACCGAUCCGAACGAGGAGAAAGAGUUUAUUAAGGACAAAAACGCGGUAGCGGAUAAAUCUGUUACAAAUCGGAUACCUGUUGAGGCAGAAGAUAGAGGCGGAUGGGGAAACCAAUUGGAUUUUUUAAUGUCCUGCAUUAGUUUGUCCGUGGGGCUGGGAAAUGUAUGGAGGUUUCCUUAUUUAUGCUAUAAAAACGGAGGAGGUGCAUUUUUAAUAACAUACUCAAUAGCCAUGAUAGUAUGCGGAAUUCCAUUAUUCUUCCAAGAAGUUGCUAUUGGCCAGUAUUUAGGUUCUGGAGGCAUGACUUUUGUAGGCAAUUUAUGCCCUAUUUUAAAAGGAGUUGGCUUUGCAACUAUGACUAUAGUUUUCCUUUUGGACGUAUAUUAUUGUAUUAUUAUAGCAUGGACAUUAUUUUAUAUUAUAAGUACGUUUUCGGCCUUACCGGAAUUACCUUGGCAAGGAUGUGAUAAUUGGUGGAAUACAAAAAAUUGCUAUACCAGUGGAUCUAACAUUUCAAUAUCAAAUAUUACUAAAAGAUCUUCUCCGGUUGAAGAAUUUUUUGAUCUGAAGGUUUUGGGAAUCUCAAACAGUCUGGAAGACGUUGGUGGCUUGCAAUGGAAUUUGUUUGUAUGUUUGAUACUAGGCUGGUUAUGUGUAUAUACUAUUAUAAGAAAAGGAUUGCAUCAAAGUGGCAAGAUAAUCUGGUUCUCUGCUCUAUUUCCUUACGUGAUACUUCUGAUAAUGUUAGUACGGGCAGUCACUCUUGAAGGUGCUAUUGAUGGAUUAUAUUACUACGUAGUUCCAUCACGAUGGGAGGUAUUGUUAACACCUGGACCAUGGGUAGAUGGAGCAUCACAAAUAUUUUUUGCAUACAGUAUUGGCUGUGGAGCUUUACCUGCAUUGGGAUCCUAUAAUAAAUUUCAUCACAACUCUUACAGGGACGCAAUUAUAACCUGUAUAGUCAAUACUCUCACCUCUGUUCUCGCGGGAAUAGUGACUUUUUCAAUUCUGGGCCAUCUCGCACGUGAACAAAAUGCAGAUGUUGGCGAUGUGGUGAAAAGCGGACCGGGAUUAGUAUUCCUCACUUAUCCUGAAGUUGUCCUGAAAUUACCUGGAGCACCGUUUUGGGCGGCUACAUUUUUCUUUAUGCUACUGCUCCUGGGUAUUGACAGCGCAUUUUGCUUGGUUGAAUCAUUUAUUACCGGUCUGUUGGAUAAUUGGUCGACAUUAUUGAGACCGCAUCGACAAAUAUUCACGUUUGUAGUUUGCUUUGUAAUGUUUCUGCUGGGAAUCCCUAUGGUUACCCAUGGCGGAAUGUAUGUCUUCCAGUUAAUGGACUAUUAUUCAGCCAGUGGAAUGUCACUCUUAUGGGUGUGCUUUUUCCAGACCGUAGCAAUUUCAUGGGUUUUCGGAGUUGACAAAUUAUCCGACUGUAUCGAGCAUAUGAUGGGAGUAAGGCCAAAUUUAUUCUGGAGAAUCUGUUGGAAAUAUUGUGCACCUGUUGUAAUUGCUGUUAUAUUCGUUGAACAAUGUAUGGAAUAUGAAACGCUGCGCUACGGAGAAUACAAAUAUCCUCUUUGGGCAAAUAUUGUGGGUUUAGGAAUUAGUUUUUCGUCGAUGUUAUGGGUCCCACUCUAUGCGGUUUAUUACGUGUUCACUCAGCCCAAUUCUAUUGUUCAGAACUUCAAGGCAGGAGUAGUUCCUAUUAUAAAGCAGAGGAAGAUAUCGAUCUGUGAUAAAACCGGGCAGCUUAUUACUCAGAGUAAACUAGGAUUAAUUACACCGUCCAGUUCGUUAGUACAAACCGAGCAAUUGGAAGCUUAG